AAUUUGUUUUUUUUGGGGAGUAUUUUGUGUUAAGCUUAUAAAGAGAAAGAAUGAUGGAGCACAUUUUUUGUUUUUAUCCCAAUUAAAGUUGCCAUACAAGAAUGUCAGUAAUUAUGCUUAGUUAGACUUAAGCCGGAUUUACAAUAUGACGCUAGUCCUGACGUUACGUUGACGCAGAAGUUGAAUCUGGUUCAACUCCAGCGUGAAGCAUGCGUGAAAAGGUCAAAUUGCCUACGCUUUUGAUUAAAAAUUGACGUUACGUUGGCCUAGCGUCAUAUUGUAAAUCUGGCUUUACACUACAGUACAUGCAUGUAUAGUGUAUUCAUGAUAGAGUGGCAAGGUUAUAAUUCUAACACUUGAGCUAAAGUAAAGCGUCACAUGUUUGGAAAUUAUUCAUAUCAGUCCACCACACUCCUUAUUCUGUGUUAGUUCGCCUGUAUCACGCAUUAACUGUAACUUGUUGGUCCUUCUUCCCGUGUAUCUUUGUGUGUUUAAUGGAAUCUGUCCAGUCAUUGACUCAUUGGAAGGGGAAGUUUCCUGAGAUAUCAUUAUUCAUCAUUCCUUUCUGUAGUAGCCAGGACCAGAAUGUGUUGAUAGGGCAGCAAGUGUCAAUGAAUAUUCUCCGUUAAUGAUAUUCAUAGUUUGAAUGUGGAGAAUCAUUACACCAGGAAACAGUCUACUAUAUAAGAUGGAGCUGCACGCUUUGUAGUGUCACUCUAUACGGGCACUCUCCCUCACUCUCUCCUCUCUCUACUAUGGCUUCAGGUGAAUCAGUUCGUGGGUAUCCAGGUCCUAGUAUUACCAGGUGUGUUAGCGGCACUGAUCUACUGGAUGAGAACUUCUUUCUUUCCAAGAAAGAGUGGGAUAAAGCGAGAGUUUCAAAGGAGUUUGAUCAGAUUGUUAUUGGGUCUUCGUUCUGCGCCCUGUCGUUCAUCAAAAGAGCACUAGCUAAUAAUCCAAAUACUAAGAUACUAGUCCUUGAGCAAGGCCACUUGUUUCUCCAGGAGCACUUUCAAAACCUUCCUUCGCAUUACAAGAAGACAGUUGGGGAUUCUAUUGAAAACUUUCCGUGGAGUCUCACUGAUGAGACAUGGAAUGGGAAACACGGCAAGUUAUUUGUGAGGGGCACCAUUAAUUACUUUGGAGGUCGUUCGUGUGUUUGGAGUGGCUGGAUACCCGAACCAUCUCAUGAUGAGCUUGAAGGAUGGCCUGAGGAGAUAAAGGAACGAAUCUUUAGACAUUUUAAGGAGGCAGUUGAGUUCCUGCACGUUGUACCAGCAGAUGAAAUAGGAGCAGGCAAUGAGAAGAGACCAAUUUAUGGAGAACUGCAAGAAAGGAUGGGAGAAUUAUUGAAGGAGAAGCUGAAAGAUGAUGAGCAUAUGAUAUCUUCAGACCCAGCACCUCUAGCAGUAGGAGCUGGACGAUGCAGGAAUGAAAACUUUCACAAGUUCUCAGUUCCCGAGGCUCUCAUUGAUCUAAGUUUGAAGGGAAAGAUAAAGAUGGUCAGUGGCUGCAAUGUGAAGCUUAUUCGUCAUGACGGAAAAUCCAAAGCUCUUAGUCUGGAAACUAGUAGAGGAGACGUUGAGAUAGGAGAUGCAAACCUAAUCCUGGCUAUGGGUGUACUCCCUGGGACCACGCUCGUCCUUAACUCUUUCUCAAAAGAGGAGUUCCCCCGUUUGUCUAAAGUAGGGGAGAAAUUUUCAGCCCAUAUCAUCAGUGGUGUAACAGCCCGCAUGCCAGUUGAAAGCCUCAUUGCUACACCUAGAGAAGAUCUAUUGGAGAUAGGAGCCAUGUACAUUAAAGGGCGUCACUUGAAACAGCAAUUUCACUUUCAGUUGACAGCAAUCCACGACAGCAAUCCAGAGGAUCCGGCACACAUUCAUAAGAGACACCAUUACAUGCCUGGCAGGUUUACGUCUGCUGACGAGUGUUUAAAGUCUUCAGAGAAAUACGUUGUAUUUAAGUGUGCAGCCCUGGGUGAGCUGGACCAUGCCAAUGAGGAUAACUGGUAUCGUUUGAAAGAUGGGGAGGAGGAUAAAACGAGUAACAUUAGCCUUCAGGUAGUCCCCAAUGCUAAAGAUGGCGAGUUGUUGAAGGCUAUGGAGAAAUCUGUUUUUCGUGUCUUUGAAGCACUAAGUGAAUCUCCUGAUGAAAUAGAAUACAUCCACGAGAUCGACGGAGAGCAAAAAGAAUGGAGGAGAGGGAAGCCUACAAACAUACUCACUGGGUCCUUGGUACAUGAGAGCUCGACAAUGUGGAUAGGAAGGGAUGAUAGUGAGUCACCAGUGGGACUGGACUACAGACCCAAAGGAGUUGAGAAUGUCUACAUUACUGGUGGGUCCCUCUGGCCUACUGGCGGCUCCUGGAAUCCAACUGGUGCCAUUGUAGCACUGACGAUGGAUCUUGCCGACCAAAUAUGCCCGAAAAUUGUCUCCAAAAUCUAAACUGUCUUCAAAUUUAAUUUCUAAUUUUUUAGAUCUCAUUAGCGAGCUAUUUUUUAUUUCCUUUUUAUCAUUGAUAUGUUGAUAUGAUCAUGUAUAUAUACCAGUCUUUGUAAUAAAGUCAAUGUCAUGCCCAUUUAUUGUAGUUUAUAUUUUGUUUCACAUGUUUUGUAAAUAUUGUAGUUAGUAUAGUCCCAUAA